CAGUGAGCAGGUGCUUUUGAGUGUGGUGAAAAAGAAGGGACACGAAAAGAGUUCCACCAGUAACAAAGAAACAAUUAAUCUGGCCCUGCAUAUCACUAUUAGCGAACAAAACAGUUCCCCUGUUGUUUCUGUGAAUAAUAACGAUGUUGGCAAGAAUGUCGAUGUUACGUUGAAGUCCAGGAAUGAAUAUAUUGAAAAUACGAAAGAUUCUGUUGACGUUGAAAUGAAAAUGGAAAGUCAAGGGUCAAAGCUGGAUUCGUCUGUUCCAAUGAAUACAGAAGAAGAAAAGGGCCUAAAAAUUUCACGUCGUUCGCGUAAAAAGGGUAGUAACACUAAUCUGGGUGCCAAAGGUCAAUUAAAAGCGGGUAAAGAUGUUUCAGAAUUAGAUGAAAGUUUUCCAGAAGCUAAAACAUUUUUAAAGCGGACACGAAAAACCAAAAAUGAACCGAAAGAGAAACGUUUAACAGUGAAAUGUGUCACCGGAGAUGUUAAAGGAAAAAGUGAAGAAGUAGAAGAGGCAGACACAUCGAUAUCCGCUGAUGCAGAUCGUAGUUUGAAACUGACGGAGAAAACGAAGAUUGAAAAGCUGGAUGCAAAUAAUGCAAGAAAAGGAGGAAGGAAGAAUAGAAAGCCAAUUGCUGAUGCUGUCAAAGAGGCAAAUGUUAUUAAAACACGUAGAAAAGGUGGCAACAGAAAUCGUGUGAUGAAAACCCACGAGGCAUCAUGUGUGGAUGAUGAUAACAAGGAAAGUAAUUUAAUGCAAGGAAGUAAAAUUGCCAACAACGAUUCAAUGAGCCAGGAUUCUGGUGAAUCAAAAAAUACCUGUAUCGAUUUGAAGACGCGGAAGAAAAGUGUUACUGUAUGCAAAGGUGAUGCAAGAUUGAGAAGAUCUUCGAGACAGAAGAGACCCAAUGCAGCAGAUGAUGAAUCUUCAAAGUUGGAGAGCAGUGUUGCAGAAGCCAGGCAUCUUGGGGAUGAUUGUUCAACGGAAGCACCAAAGGGUCGAAAAGGACAGGCUGCAAAACCAAAGGCACCGUCGAAGGCAAAGGGGAAGAAGCAAAAUAAGAAAGAUAAAUUGAUGGCAGGUGAUAAACAGAAGAUUGAUAGUAAAGAUGAUGUGGAUUCUAAAGCUAUGAAUGAUGGUAUUAACGAGGAGAGCUCUGAUCUUGCCAAGCGCCGAGAUGUGUGCAAUGACGGCAUUAUGUCCGAGGCAUUGGGUUCUCUGGCAUUGGAGACUGAUGCAUUGGAUUCUCAGGCAGUAGAGUCUCAGGCAGAAGAAUCCCAAGCAUUAGAGUCUCAGGCAUCAGAGUCUGAGGUAUUGGAUGCCGGGGCAGCAAAGAAGAAAAAACACAACACACACAGAAAUACCAGGAUAUCGAUGGCGCCUUCGUUAGUGUUUAUUGAAGAAUGCGAAGAAGAUUCAAAAGUUGUCGUCUCACCCAAACCGUGUAAAAUAAAACCAGAGCCCUUUACUCCCAAAGAUUCAGCCACUGUUAAUAACAAUGAUGUGGAAAUUUCAACGCCAGAGGAAAUCGCUACUUGCAAUAAGCUUGAUGAUUUACCUAAAACAGCUGAAACAAGAUCGUUAAGAAAACGCGGUGUCAAGCGGGCUUCCACAGCAGCUAGUCCAAGCGUAAAGGAAAGCAAGACGGGAGCAAAGCCUGCCAAAACUAGAGCAAAGGGAAAUGGUACCAAGAUAAAUGGCAAUGGAGUAAAGGCGGCAACGGGGAGGAGAAAUAAAAGGAAAACUGGUAAAAGUGGGAAUGAAAAUGGAGUGGCAGCAGAUGAAGCUGAAGCCAUGGAAGUUGAUAAUGAAGAAGUCGUGAAUGGAGAUGCAGAUGGCAAAGCUGUGGCGGAACAGGUGGAGCAUGUUGCGGAGGAGGAAAAUGGGAAGGUAGGCGGAACAGAUGAAGCGAUAAGCUCGCCUCUUAUGUCGCUGCCUCCUUCUGGGGUGCGAAGAUCAGCCCGCAAAGCUAAACAAGGCCCAGUUGUGGAAAGCAGCGAGAAAGAAAAUGUUUUCAAAGAGCCACUCUGCACGAUCAAGAGUGCAACUAAGCCAAAGCGGAUAGUAAAACGUGCGACAUCCAGUCAGCUGAACCAAAGCAUUCCCGAGAAACGAAAACGCUCUUUAUUCAAUGGAAAGAACACUUCUCUAAUGUCACUGCAAUUUUCGACCAUGCACGAUGCCUCAGUUUGCAAUAUGACGAAGAAUACAACGAUGAAUACCUCCGGAAUGCCACCAACCCUAUCGAGUUUCCUGAAAAGUUUCGUUGCGCCAAAAAUCAAGAAAAAGACCUGAUGGAACUAAGCAGUUGUUGGUGUCCAUAUUGCGAUUGAUGACGUCAUAACGAUAAGCUACUGCGGCUUGACUCCCUGUGCUAGAAGCAAGAAGCUUUUGUAUAUACUCACCGGACAACAGUCGCGGGACACUUGCAUGACAACCGGACAAUGGUUAUACCGGUAGUCUCUCUAUUGGGACUCUUGGCAAUGGACAAUGGUCCUGUGCUUUUGAGAAGGUCCUUUCGGACAGUUCUCUUGAAAAGCGAGUCAUUUAGGCCCUGUGUAUAUAAUUUAGAAGGUAUUUGCCUUUGGUGUAAAACUCAGUGGGUAUCACGAAAACGCCUUUUUAGAAGGCAGAUUUGCCAACACAAAUGUACAGAACCACUUUACGGGUUUGUUUCCGCAACCCUUAUUCUACAACUGCUCAAUUUAGGCAAACGUUAUGUUUUUAAGUAAUUUUGUACUGUUGUCUUAAAUUCUCAAAUAUUUUAUGUUAGUUUUAACAUAUUCAACACAGGUUUUCCCCUCGAGAAAUUUAAAAUAGCAAUACUGGUGGUUAAAAUGGAAAUGCUAUCCAGACACUUUCUGUGUGAAUACCUGACAAAAAGCAUAGACCAUUAUGCGUUUCUAAGAUUUUGCAUCCAAAAUUUAAAAGACUGGAUAUCCUUCCCUUCGUGUGACUGCCCAUUUUAUGCAAAACUCUUUAUUGACUGCAACAAGUAUGCUAAAUUUAUUUGAGAAAAUUUUCGUUUAAGAACAAAAGUAGAUAGUUUCAUUUUAUCACUGUCCAAUUGUUCCCAAGCCGAUUCGAGCGCACAUUGCCCACGAAUGUUUGUCUCUGGUCAUAAAGGAAAUGACAGUUACAUGACCGUAGGCUAACAUGAUGUAGUUUCAAAAACUAUUGAGAAACAAAGCAAGCUCUAGCGCCUUUCAAAAAUUAUCUGUAACUAGGAACGCUCAAAAUGUCUUGGUAUAAUUUUACCCACUGCUGUACAAACGAGCUAUUGUAUAUAAAUUUUAGAAUGAAGAAAACCUGCGUUUCUCCAUAAA